UGAGAGUAAUGCAUGAUGAAGGAUGGAGAUAAAUAUAUAAAAAGAAUGAUAGAGAGAAGAAACAGAGUGAGUUCGUAAUUUAAUUAGUUAAGUAUAAUUAAAAUUUUAAGUUGAGUUUAGAAUAGUACUAAUGAGGAAGGAGAUCACAUGGACACGUUAGGGGGAGACACAAGCAGACAAAUUACAGACAUGUAAUUAGAGUUGUGAGUUUAAAGACUUUAUUGGAGAUUAAGAAUAGCGAUGAGCCAUGCAACUAUACAGUUAAUAUAAUUAAAAUCUUACAUCGAUCGAGAUUGAAUUUUAAAAAGAAAAGGAAAAUAUGUUUAUUCCUGAUUGGAGAAAAGGAUUGAUCAGUCCAUGGGAGUUGGGAAUCAACGAGAGGGUGCAUGGAGGAGGGUAAAUGAACAGCUAACACAUGUCGGCACAUGACCAUCGAGUCGUUGCAUGUGAUUUAUUACACAUUUAUAGUGUUUUUGUGACGUUAAAAUUUUACAUAAUAUAUAUGUAGCCUUUUGUUUAUUUAUACAAGUAUUGUUUCUUAAAUCUUGUGAAUUAUAUAGAUGACGUCAAACAAAAAGAAAUUAAAAUAAAAUUGCAAUAGAAUGCAAAAGCUUAAGAUGCGUUUACGAAUAGGGCUAUUUGGGUGGAAAUACACAAACGGAAAGAUAAUUAGGUUUCCAUGCAAAAAAAAUAAUAAUUAGCUAUAUGGACAAAUUAAUUAACUCGAAGUUACCUUGUUGUCCUCUCCACACUUUCCCUCUCUGCUUCAUCCUCCUCCUCCUCCUCCUGGCGUCAACACCGUGACUGAGAAUGAGCUCUGAUCUCUACUCGAGUUCCGCAAACGCAUCUGCGACGAGGCCUCCAACCAACGCAUAUCUCAUGCUCUGCUACGAGCAGCCUCACCGACCCCUCCACUUGCCCCGAGAACUGGCCCGAUAUCUCCUGCGACCCGGAAACGGUUCAAUCAUCACCAUUAAUCUCGACCGGCUCGGUUUAUCAGGAGAACUCAAAUUCAGCACACUAACCGGUCUCACUUCCCUCCGCAACCUCACUCUCUCCGGAAACAACUUCUUGGGUCGGGUCGUGCCUUCCCUCGGAGCCAUCUCGUCUCUCCAGAGACUAUAUCUGUCGGAUCACUACAAGAAAAAGACCUAUAACCCGAGGACCACAAUCCUCACAUUAACAUAAUCGUCAGAGCUUUGUUGGUACUUUCCGAUAUCAAAAUCCUGAUGAAAUUAAUUAUUACAAAGUCGUCGUUUGUUUCAGACGAGAUUCCGGGAAUCUGUUGGUCGGCAACAGUAACACCGGAAAAUAGAUAGAACAAGUCAUCGGAGAAAAAUAAAUAUGAUUAGAAAAAAAACCAAAAUUAACAGAAACAACAAAAACGUUCUGAUUUUAUAGCGCUUUGACUAAUAUAGUGAAAGUAUUUGAACAUAAUGGAAACAAAAAGUGAAGAUAUUGCUUCUGUAAAGAUCAAUUUUAUUGAAUGAUGUGAACCCAUAACACUCUGUUUUGGAUAUACAGAAACAGAGUAUGGGAAAAUGAGCUGAACCGGCUUGGUAUUCUGGUGGUUUUACUUUCUCAGACUCUUUCCGUGAAUCUCCACCGUACGAUUUGACACUUCCACUGUUCGAUUUAUCUAAAGCACGAUCAAUUAAUCCACCAGGAAAAUAACAUGAGAAGGACAUGCGAUGAUAUCAGGACAUAAACAUCCCAGAAAUGAUCUAGAAAGCCCAUGGAUGGAGCAAAGCCUAAUUAUUCAAGAAUCUGAAAUUUGUGGAUGCAAGUUAUUAAUUAGAUAUCUAUGUAAUAGGGGUACUUGUGGAAUAUAUGAAAAGGGAAACAGUGGUAUGUUAAACACCUAAAUAAUUUUAUUUCCUUGGGUAUGGAGUGCAAUUGCCCUUACGAAUAUAUCAUACAAGUACGACUAUACUAUAUACUUGUAUUUCGUCUUGGGAGAUAUAUGGACCUUAGUAUAAAAUGCAUUUUCGCUCUUUUCUUCUUCUAAUUUGCCUUUUAUUCUAAAGCUAUCAUUUAGAACCAGAGUCCAAAAGGUACCAGCAGACAUCAUUUAAACUUAAUAAUCUUUUCCUUAACAGAAAGGUUAUUAUCGUUUUUCCUAUAGAUUAAUGUCUAUAUUUGUCCACAAAUUAUAUCAUCAUAAUACAUAACACUAAUAAGCAAGAUUUUGUGUAUGGAGAGACACAGACAAUAAUAAUAUAAACUAAAUGGGGGUAUAUAUUGAAAUAGUAUGACAAUAAAUAGAUAGAUUCAAGUAAAUACUUGGAAGCACGUUAAGAUGCGGGUUUCUUGGUGUUGGACCACUCGUUUUGGUUCUAUUUUUUCAUCUUUGUCAACGUUUUGGUUGCAGAUUAUUCUGAUUAUAUUAUCGUACAUACUAAAGAAUACAAUAUUAUUGUUACCAUAGUCACUAACAUUGAUACAGGUUGGAUUUUUUUUUUCAAGUAAGAAAUCCGUAAAUACAUAUUCCCCAUCGGCCACAGAUGAUCCAUCCACUUAUUAUUAAACAUUUUCACCGGUUAAUAACAAUUUGUUGCUAUUUGAACCCAAUACUAUCUAUGAUAUAAGUUAUCGAUACAAUCAAAGUAAGAAAUCUUUACAAAUCAAUGAGUCAAAAUACAUGUAGUUAGUCCGUUACUGUUUCCAAAGGAAGAGAAGUUUAUCGAAGGAAACAGAUUUGCCUCAUAAAUUAGUUUGACUUAAGAAUAACCUUUAUAAAACAACAAAUCUCCACCUAAUUACUGCCAUAAAAAUGAAUACAAACUGUCAUCAGUUAUCACAGAUCAUGUAUCAAAACUCAUUCUUCUUAAAUGUAUCCAUACUUUCUACUUUGAAUCUUUGCAAGAAAGUGGCCUAUAAGUUCUGUAAACUAUAAUACAUUUUAGAGACAAAAGCAUCCACCUAUAACAAUACUAUAAUCAUGACCAAACGACGUAUUUGUUACAUAGUUUCUGGAAUCAUUUCCAUCCUUUUUAUCACCUUUAUGACCAUUUUGAUCCUUUCGCAGACCGUGUUCAAACCAAAACAUCCUGUAUUACAAACCUUGUCUUCGACUGUUGAAGGUGUAUCCACACAUAUAUCACCGCCACUUGACGUCCAGAUCAAUUUCACACUUACACUCCAAAUGCUGUUGAAGAAUCCUAAUCUUGUCGAUUUCGAAUACAAGACAGUAGAAAACUUGGUUUAUUAUAGGGAUAUUCUGGUGGGAAAUCUCACUCUUCCUUCGAGCACACUUCCCGCCAAAGGCUCCGCGAUUUUGCCAUGUCCUCUUGUUCUUCAGAUCGAUAAAUUUGUUGCCAAUUUAGGUGAUAUUUUGCAAGAUAUAUUGCAAAGAAAAAUUGUGAUAGAAACAAAGGCAAAUAUGCCAGGGAAAAUUACAGUGUUGGGAAUCUUUAAGGCACACUUGAACACAACAUCACAUUGCAAACUCGUACUUAGCGUUCCUUCAAUGGAAGUGGUGGAUCAAGUGUGUGAUCUUGAAGCUAAACUAUAAACCUUGAUGUUUUUUUUCAGGCAAACUUAGGCUUAAUAAGGCAUAUUAGCUCUAGUUUAAUUAAUGUUCUUAUUUUGGGUCAAAACUCUAGUUUCAUGUUAUCAUAAAGAUUGUAUGCUGUUGUGUUCUCUUGUGUUGUUUAAUUUUUUUU